CAGUCAGAAGAUUUCCGAUUGAAGAUAGAUAAUGCAAUUAGCUCCGCUUUGUCUAACACCGUUCUCAACCAACCAUGGCGACUGCGGUAGACUUCUGUCUUCUCCGUUCAUCGCCGUCUCUCGUCCCGUCAUUCUCAAAACCCGCCCCGAAAUACAGACCCUCAAAACUCCGGUGCUCAAUCACAGACCAAUCCAGUACAAUUACCGCCUCUAACACCGGACAUUCUGCUCCAGCUGAUUGUGUGAUUGUCGGAGGCGGAAUUAGCGGCCUAUGCAUCGCCCAAGCUCUCUCUACAAAACAUCGCGACGUAGCCCCCAAUGUGAUUGUGACGGAGGCUAGAGAUCGCGUCGGUGGCAACAUCAUCACCGUUGAAAAAGAUGGUUAUCUAUGGGAAGAAGGACCAAACAGUUUCCAGCCCUCCGAUCCUAUGCUCACCAUGGUGGUGGAUAGUGGGUUGAAGGAUGAUUUAGUUUUGGGUGAUCCAAAUGCGCCGCGUUUUGUGCUUUGGGAUGGGAAAUUGAGGCCGGUACCGUCUAAACCAACCGACUUGCCGUUUUUUGACUUGAUGAGCAUUGGUGGAAAACUCAGAGCUGGAUUUGGUGCUCUUGGAAUUAGACCUCCACCACCAGGACACGAGGAGUCGGUUGAAGAAUUCGUCCGUCGUAACCUUGGUGAUGAGGUUUUUGAGCGUCUGAUAGAGCCUUUUUGUUCAGGUGUUUAUGCGGGUAAUCCUUCAAAAUUAAGCAUGAAGGCUGCAUUUGGAAAAGUUUGGAAGCUGGAGCAAACUGGAGGCAGCAUCAUUGGUGGCACUUUCAAAGCAAUCCAGGAGAGAAAAAAGACACCCAAGCCUCCUCGAGACCCACGUCUACCGACACCCAAGGGACAAACAGUAGGAUCCUUUCGGAAAGGACUUACCAUGCUGCCUGAUGCGAUUGCCAAAAGGUUGGGUAGCAAUGUAAAAUUAUCAUGGAAGCUUUCUAGUAUCACUAAAUUAGACAAUGGAGGAUACAGCCUAACAUAUGAAACACCUGAAGGAUCUGUUUCUCUGCAGGCCAAAAGUGUCGUGUUGACUGUCCCAUCCCAUAUAGCAAGCUCCUUCUUGCAUCCUCUCUCUGCUGCUGCUGCUGAUGCCCUAUCAAAAUUUUAUUAUCCACCAGUUGCAGCAGUUUCCGUUUCAUACCCAAAAGAAGCAAUUCGGACUGAAUGCUUAAUUGAUGGUGAGCUUAAGGGGUUUGGUCAGUUGCAUCCACGCAGUCAAGGAGUGGAAACCUUAGGAACUAUAUACAGUUCAUCUCUUUUUCCCAAUCGAGCACCAGCAGGGAGGAUUUUGCUCUUAAACUACAUUGGAGGGGCCACCAACACAGGGAUUUUGUCCAAGACGGACAGUGAACUAGUGGAAGCAGUUGACCGUGAUUUGAGAAAGAUACUGAUAAAACCCAAUGCAAAGGAGCCAUUUGCACUAGGCGUGAGAAUAUGGCCUCAAGCCAUUCCACAAUUCUUGGUGGGUCAUCUGGAUAUCUUAGAUACCGCAAAAGGUGCUCUGAGAGAUACCGGCUUGGAAGGGCUGUUCCUCGGGGGCAACUAUGUAUCAGGUGUAGCAUUGGGUCGAUGUGUAGAAGGAGCUUAUGAAGUUGCAGAUGAGGUCACCAAUUUUCUCUCCCAAUAUGCUUAUAAAAAAAGUUAGAUGGUAAAUGAUUCAUUAAAUUUUUGUUCAAGGAUGCCAUUAUGUUCUAGCUAUAUGCAUAGAUGAUAGUUUUUCGCCGGCUGUUAUGUGAAGUCAUUGAGUAGCUCAAUUUGCAGAGUUCUUCCUUACUAUUUGUCAUGUAAUUAUUCUCUGCUAACUUUCAUUUAAAUUUCUAUUGUAAUUGUAAAUGCUUGUUCAUUUCAAA